UUCACAAUGUAAUAGAGUUUUAGCGCAGUCUUGCUUUUUCAUAGGCGUGUGUCAACUGUGUGUGUGCCAAGGGGUGCUCCGCUCUUACCAAUGCGAUUAAUGAACACAACGAACCAAUUGAAGGGACACUAAACAAACAACCCGCUUUUCCGUUUCGUCUGUUUUAAUACGGGCGAGCUUCGCGUCUGCAAGGAAUCAACCCUCUGCAAGAGCACAAAGGAAAAUUAAAAAAGGAAGCAAAGGUCUGUUGUGGAAUGUCACAACAUCCUUAAGCAACCCUGCACUUUACCCUCAGCUUAAUCACCUGACUGCUGUCCGGCUGUUUGAUUGGAUCAUCUUCUGAGGAUCUAGAGUGACAAUCUCUUUCGUCUUGCCACCGUGUUGCCAUCCACCCAGUGAGAGCCAAAGCCUGUCCACCGCUGCUCGUCUUCUGAAAGCAUAACAGUGGUGUUCAGUCUACUCUGGGUCAUGCUGUGUGGCUGACUUCUAUGCUCUAGCUGAAAUGAGGUUGGUGAUUUUGGGGUCGCGGCCCCUCUUGGCCUUGACCCUCGCGCUCACCCUCACCUGCCUAAAACACCUGUGCCAUGGUGCGGCGCCCUUUCCUCAGGACCUGGAACCUAUCAGCACCGUCGGUAGUGAACGCACCUACCUGUACCCCAGUUUCCAGGGGAACAUGUCAGAUAACGACACCGCCAGACUGGGGCUGGAUUUUCAGAGGAUGCUGCGGAUUAACCACAUGGUCUACAUUGCUGCGAGAGAUCACGUUUUUGCCAUUAACCUCAGCGCUUCAGCAGAGCGGAUCGUCCCCCAACAGAAACUGACAUGGAAGACAAAGGAUGUGGAGAAAUGCACAGUCAGGGGGAAAAACAGCGAUGAGUGUUACAACUACAUCAAAGUGCUGGUGCCACGAAACGAUGAAACUCUUUUUGCGUGUGGAACCAAUGCGUUCAACCCCACAUGUCGCAACUACAAGAUGUCUUCUCUGGAGCAGGACGGAGAGGAGGUGGUCGGUCAAGCCCGUUGCCCUUUCGAAUCCCGCCAGUCCAACGUUGGCCUGUUUGCCGGCGGUGACUUUUAUUCAGCCACAAUGACAGAUUUUCUAGCAAGUGAUGCAGUGAUUUACCGAAGUUUAGGAGAAAGCAGUCCUGUCCUGCGUACCGUAAAAUACGACUCAAAAUGGCUGCGAGAGCCUCAUUUUCUUCAUGCCAUUGAGUACGGGAACUACAUCUACUUCUUUCUCAGCGAGAUUGCAGUAGAGUACACCACCCUUGGCAAGGUGGUGUUCUCUCGGGUCGCUCGCGUGUGUAAGAAUGAUAACGGAGGCUCUCCGAGGGUUCUAGAGCGCUAUUGGACAUCUUUCCUGAAAGCCCGGUUGAACUGUUCGGUUCCGGGCGAUUCAUUUUUCUACUUUGAUGUUCUUCAGUCACUAACCAAUGUCAUGCAGAUCAACCACCGGCCUGCGGUGUUAGGCGUCUUUACCACUCAAGCCAACAGCAUCACUGGUUCUGCCGUAUGUGCAUUCUACAUGGAUGACAUAGAGAAAGUGUUCAACGGGAAGUUUAAGGAGCAGCGAAACAGCGAGUCGGCCUGGACACCAGUUCCUGAUGAAAUGGUGCCCAAACCACGGCCGGGGUCCUGUGCUGGUGACGGCCCUGCUGCUGGUUAUAAGUCCUCCACGGAUUUCCCUGAUGAAACUCUUACCUUCAUUAAGUCUUAUCCACUAAUGGAUGAGGCCGUACCGUCUGUCAACAACCGACCCUGCUUCACACGAACCACCAGCAGGUUCAAGCUGACCCAGAUUGCUGUGGACACAGCAGCUGGCCCAUAUAAGAACUACACGGUUCUGUUUCUGGGUUCAGAAAAUGGACGAGUCCUGAAGAUUCUCGCCAGCAUGCACCCAAACUCCACUUAUAGUACGCAGGUUUUGGAGGACAUCGAUGUUUACAACCCCAACAAGUGUAAUGUGCGUGGUGAGGACCGAAGGAUUCUGGGAUUGGAGUUGGACAAGGACCAUCAUGCCCUGUUUGUGGCGUUCUCAAGUUGCGUGAUCCGUGUUCCGCUCAGUCGCUGUUCUGACUAUGGCGCCUGCAAAAAGAGCUGUCUGUCCUCGCGAGACCCUUACUGCAUCUGGCUGAGUGCGGGGAACUGUGCCACAGUGGCGCCGGGAUUCAAGUCUGGAUUUGAGCAGUAUGUGGAGAGUGGAUAUCCUCAGUACCCAGACAGCUGUCAUGAUGUCUUGGCCACAACUCGCAAGCAGAACCCUGCGGUGGACUCUGCGUACGGAAAGACCUCACCCACAAGCGCCAGCACAACCAAUCAGGGGCCAGCUCUGCCUAAAGUCAAGGGUGUCCCUGAGACAGGUACCCGCCCCGAGGAGGGGAGGCGGGGAGGGCAGGGUUCUCCUGACUUGAAGCCAGGCAGUGUGGAGAUGGAGGGAGUUCGCCGACCCCCUGAGGUAGAUAAGUCCAACCACAGUGUUCACUACACUCUGCUCAUUGCGUGUGUCCUGGUGGCGUUUGUCCUGGGAGCUUUCCUCUCCGGAUUCCUCGUUUCCUGUUACUGCAACCACAAUGUGAACAAGACCAAAAGGCUGUCGAAAGACCCAGAAGCACCAAUCCCGCAUGCUCUAUCCCUGCGCAGCCUGGCCAAGCUAAACGGCUUGCUAGAGAGCCAAAACAAGGAUGAGAAGCUGGAGGUAUCCUCACCCAAACUUUAUAACUCUUUCUUCGCAAACGGAAAAGAGCAGGCGCAUCGCAGGAAUGCCCACCAUGCUGCCAUGACAGAACUCAUUCACCCACACCAUCACCACUCUGCAGAGCUCUCCGGCCUUCCCACACCUGAUUCGACUCCAGAGCUACCGAUCAAGAGUAUGAAAGCCUUCAAGAACCAAUGGGAGAAGAAUCAAAACUGCAAUAACGCUAAAGAACCCAAGUCCCACAACAUGGGAGCGUCUCGGCCAACCACUGGGAUGCAACACCAGAUUUUCCCCUUCUCCCAAGGACUGACCAACGGACAAGUCCUCGGUAGCUCGGCACACAUGGAGGAACGCAAAGUCCACAAUGCGGAGCGUGUGGCAAGCCAGCCGUAUCACUGCUACCCGCACAAGAUUGUAGACGUCACCUCGCUUGAUGAGCUUCUCAAACACAUCCACGAAAUCAACGUGGCUACGGGCAAGAGUCCCACCGUCCUCACCUCGUCCAUGUCAGCCAACGCCGGUCAGAUGGCGUUCGUGAACCGCGUACAGCCGCACAUCCCGGAAACGGAGUCUGCGCCCUACUACAGCUCCUCCACACUUCCUCGGGAUAGUCUCACUCGCCGCAUGGACGUCCCACCAGAGAUUCCUCCCCAUCAUCAAUCCACUCUGGAGAGAGUGUCCCGUCACCCGUCUCAACGCCACUCUUUGAUAACUACUCCCAAGAUGCCGAGCGGAGGCGUGGUGCCACGGCAGCACAGUUUCAACCAGCGCAGCGCCCAUCAGCCCCUCUUGCUUUCCCGAAUGAACUCUAACGGCAGCAGUUCGGGUUGCGAUGUACGGCACCCGCUCAUCCCUAACGGAUACCUAACUCGCCAGCAUAGCUACAGCGAGCAGCCAGAAGUCCACCGUGGAGCUAUUGUCCGUCGGACAGCCUCGCUCAAGCCCGACGUCCCGCCCAAGCCGCUGUUCAUCCCCGCCAGCUCGCCUGUCAACCAAGCAGGGAAAUUCAACUACUGAACAACGGAGAAGAAAAGCCUGUGGUUUUUCGGAAAAAAAAACACAACUCAGCCUCUCAGAACUGAGUGCGGUCAAGAACAAUUAAAAGACGAAAGACGAAAAACUUGCCUUUACAGGAAAAGAAAAAUAUCCUCUGGAGAUUGGCUGCCAGUGUUGUUGACUUUACAUUUGAACUAUGACUUGUUUUUCUGUUUCAUGAAUAUAUUUGUACCAUAUUGGUAUUGCUCAGCUAUUGGCCAUUAGGAAAGGAGGAGUUACAGGAGUCCACCUAGAUUUAGGCUGCCACAGUGAUAAGUGUGUGGCUUUACGGUGUUUCUUUGGACUGUCCAGACAGGUGUCACUGAUCCAAAACUCUGGACCUGAACUUUUAUCCGAACAAGUGUAUACACCUUGUUUGAUAUUCUGAUCUUUCUUGCUUUGGCUUAACUAUUCUGUUGAUGUAGAGUUGAUGAACUGUGCUGAUCCCAAUUAGAAAUGUGUAUAUAUGCAUGCGUGUGUGCGUGUGUGUGUAUAUAUAUAUAUAUAUAAAAAUAUAUAUGUAUGUGUGUGUACAUAUACAUACCCAGUGUAUGUAUCUAGAUUACUAAAAUGGUUUAGGCCCCUCAACAAGUUCCUUCGCCUUAUUUUGAAAGCAGAUGUGCCCACACAACCUGAAGUGAUCUCUGUAAAAUCCAUAAGCAAUAAUCUCCACUCCAUCCUGUCAACUCUAGUGUAAUGCAGUUUCAACAACUCAAACUCAAUAAAGUUCAAAUUCAGAUUAUUAAAUAUAGCAUUACAUCUAAACACUCGGGCCCAAGUGAGGUGAAUCAGUCUUAGUGUUACGAAGGAGAUGUAUGUAUAUACCUAAGAGGAAUGUAUUCUUUGUCUAUACGCUGCAGAAUCAGUGUGAGGUGCUCCAGUAUUUACCCUCUGUCUCCUCUGUUAAAAUCGGUGAAAGUGAAUCCAAAUUUAAUCUCUUACAGCGGAAUCGUCGAACACUGUGUCCUAACUAGGCGUGAUAAACCGAUAAAUCUCUUCUAUGUAAAUCUUACGUUUUUGUCUUAAACCAUCCCUGACCAAUAUCUGUGUUCUAUUAUAUACAGCCCCGCCCACAAUGAAAUCUGAUUGGUCUAUAACAAACGUUAAAUACCUGCUGAUUGGCUUAGAGUUUCAGUCUGACACACUGAAACUGGUCUUACCUGGAUAGGACACGGGCUAGUUGCAUAACCUUAGCAUCUAUGUUAAGACAGUGUUUUAAGAACUAGUCUGACCAACAGGUAACUAAGGGGUAAUCAGAUUCAGCUUAGACUAUCUUUUAUGUAACCAAAUUUUAAAAAAUUUGACCAGUCUUCAAGAUAAAAAUUAGAUGGCUAACUUUUAAGACUAGUCUAAACCUUUUAUGCAACCGGCCCCAGAACAGAAAAAAAAACGUACUUUUGUCCUGAGUUAUUCCUAUAUUAUGUUAAAAUGUAUCAAUAUUAACACUAAAACUGUUUUGUGUAAAUAGAUGAACAAUAACUAGCCAAAUUUUAAUUGUUUGUGUAAAUUUGUGCCUUAUUUAAUAUGAUGUGUUAAAGGGGGUGGUGGGGGUGGCGGCAGAGUGGGAGAGGGGACAUAAGAAAAGGGCAGAGAGGCCGUCAUUUAUCUUUUUAUUUUUAAUAUUUGUAAUUUUUUUUUAAAGCUUGGUUGUCUGUAUGUCAUAACUGUUGUAGAUAUAUAUUUCUAGAUACUUUUGAUAUCCCCAGUCUGUGUGAGGCUUUUGCAUUUGGAAGAGCAUCUACAUAGUUUUCCCUCCAAAGAGUCUAUCGAUCUGUCUAUCUAUCUAUCUAUCUAUCACUGUGUAUCCUAUCUACUGUUCUAUGUAUUUCUUUCUGUCUAUCGAUUGAUUAAUCAUUCUGGCUCUCAUUCUUUCUAUUGCUCUGUCUAUUGUUCUGUGUAUUUCUCUUUUGUUUUCUUUCUCUUUUUUUCUUGCUUUCACGUUGAACUCAGCAUUAGUUUAAGAAACUCGUGUCUUCACUGACAGGUUUGUUCUGAGAUGUAUGAAGUAAGAUGUAAGAUACGUGAACUUCUAAACUGCAGCGUAUCUUCAGAUCUUAUGUUUAAUGGCGAGAGCAAGACUUCUUAGGCUUUGCACUCUGUUUGGAGGAGAGACUUCUGUGUGUGUGUGUGUGUGUGUGUGUGUGUGUGUGUGUGUGUGUGCGCUUCACGAGGAGACCAUAUCAGUUGGCUGUAGUUCAAACACGUACCUCCCUUUGCUUUUUCCCAGUACUUCAGUCUGGCAGAGUAACUCAGAACAGUUCCUCUGCUCAAAGUCAUCUUCAUCUUCUUCUUCAGUCUGUCUUAAGACUCUAUGAUGUGUCGGCUUUUGCAUAAAUUUUUGGUGCUGGUCUGAGAUACAGUUUUUAUCAUGUACACUUGAAUGAACCUUUUAAAUUGGCUGCCUGUAACUGUGUGCUCUGUUGCCCCUCACAAAACCAAA